UAGUAAUUUGAGGGAUAACCUGUAACAGUCAUGUGCUCAAAUUUUGUUUUAUUCAUUAAAUUUGUGAAAUAGUUUAAAACUGUGCAUAAAAUUCUUCCUUCUAUAAUCGACAUGGAUGAGAAUUACUUUAACGAAGCUAAGAAUUUAUCAGAAAGUGAAAAGUUAUUGCUAGCUGCCCAGAACUCUCGUUUGGUACCUGAACAUAAAGCAAAUAUGUUGGAAAUCGAAGCUAAAAAGCAUUGGGAUCUAUUUUACAAAAGAAAUGAAGACAGGUUUUUCAAAGAUCGUCACUGGACAACUAGAGAAUUUACUGAAUUAUUAGAUAAGGAUUUUGCUUUAAAAAAUGUGAUCAUUAUGGAAGUGGGUUGUGGUGUGGGUAAUUUUAUUUUUCCUUUAAUUGAAGAAGGUUUGGAUGUAUUUUUUAUUGCAUGUGAUAUCUCUCCAAGAGCUAUAGAUAUUUUAAAGAAGAACAAGUAUUUCGAUGAGAAGAAAAUAAAUGCUUUCCAAAUAGAUAUCACUACUGAAGACAUAUUUAACAGAUUAGAACUAAAUUCUGUAGAUAUAGCUACAUUAAUUUUUGUUUUGUCUGCAAUUCAUCCUGAUAAGUUUGAAUUAGCAGUGAAAAACAUUUAUAAAUUAUUGAAACCAGGUGGACUGGUUUUAUUCAGAGAUUAUGGAUUGUAUGACAUGGCACAGAUUCGUUUUAAAUCAGGGCACAAGAUUGCUGAAAACUUCUACAUGAGGCAGGAUGGCACAAGGAGUUAUUACUUUUCUAUAGAGCAUGCUUCAAGAAUAUUUACUAACCAGGGAUUUAAAUUAAUGACCUGCACUUAUGUGCAUAGAAGAACUGUAAACAAAAAAGAAAAUAUAGAUGUCCCUAGAAUAUUUGUCCAAGCAAAAUUUUCAAAACCUGGUCCAGAUACUUAAUCCUUUGUCUAAAGAUGAAAUAAAUGUAUAUUGUGUUAAUGGAAUAUCUGGUAAACAGCUUGCUCCUAAAAUUUUGCAAAACACUAGAACAGGAAAAGAUGAUUGACUUGAAGGACUAUUGCAAUGGCAUCUUCACACUUCAUAAUCCUAUUCCACAAACUUAUAUUUUGAUUAUUAUCUUUCUUAUGAUGACUGCAUAGUUCAUAUGAUUUAAACUGAUUACAAUUCUUUCGCUCCUAUCUGAUACAUUUUUAUUUAAUUUAAUUAAGUUACCAAUAAUUUGAAGUUAGUAAAAAAGAAAUUUGUUUUCCAGAUUGACUUGAAGGACUAUUGCAAUGGCAUCUUCACACUUCACCUAAUUGCAAGGACCAUUCUAAAGCCACGUUUAGGAUUCAGCAACUUUUAAAUCUUUUUGGAUUUUUUAGAGAACCUUUUAAGGCACAUUUAGGAUUUAGUUCUGAAGCCCUUUUUUGUACAGAAGUAUUGGAUGAUGAAUCAAAUAAUUGUAAUAAACUUGAUAUUGAUAAUGGUAAAGUUUAACUUUUUUCUAAGUGUUAACAUUAUUUUUUAAAUUUGCAUGGAAAAGGUAGCCUUUUCCCCAAUCUCCUCAUACAUAUAAAAAUACACUUUCUUUGAAGUUCCUUACUACUUAAAAGUACUUUGUAAUGUAAAUGUAAGUCGACAAUAAAAAUUAUUUUUCAAUAUAAAAGUAUUAACUGGAUUUUUAUAAAGACCUUACCAAAAGAAAAUGAAAAAAAAAAUUUAAAAGUGACAAUUGUUUUUACCUUUAAUUAGG